AUGCUUAUUCACUUUUUCUGCUCAUUCACUUUAUAUGCUUCACUUUUCGCAGCCGUCACCCGCCGCAUUAUUUGGUCGUGCGCGCAUCGUUUGUCGACGAGACAAUUUUUUCAGACCCCAGACAGUUUUGCCAACGAAGGAAGUAAAGUUAACAUGCCUGUAGACCCCGAAAAAUUGGCUAAAUUGCAACAAGGAGCCGCCAAGAAGGUUGGUGGACAAAGAGUCAAGGCCAAGAAGGUCAAGAGUGAGCAAGAUGACACCAAGUUGAUGGAAGCUUUGGGCAAGUUGAAAGCCACAAAAGUGAAUGCCGUUGAAGAAGCCAACUUUUUCAAGGAAGAUGGUAAGGUAUUGCACUUCAAGCGUGUUGGUGUUCAAAGCGCUGCUCAGCACAAUGUAUGUGCGUUCACUGGGUACCCUCAAGAGAAGGAUGUGACUCAGUUGAUCCCACAAAUCUUGCCUCAAUUGGGAGCUGAAAACUUGGAAAUCUUGAGACAAUUGGCUGAACAGAUCCAGGCUGGUAAGACCCCAUCGAUGGGCGGAGAGAACGCUGGUGCUGACGAGGACAUUCCCGAUCUUAUUGAGGGCCAAAAGUUCGACGAAGUCGAGUAA